AUGGACAUGACAGACACGGAGGCGUGCUAUUCUGACAGCGAAUCAUUGGAGUUUUUCUUUGAUUCGGAAAUAGACAAUGACGAUGUCGACGACAGCGCGCCUGGCGGCACUAAAAGGAUUUCUGCUAGAAAUAGAAUUGAGGUCUUUACCACCCCGGAGAAAAAGGUUCGGCAGGUCGUGGCAAUGAGAGGGAUGAAACUGUUUAGGAGACGAGGCGAGAUGGCGGGAGGCAGUCAGGCAACAGAUGGAAUCCGAGCUGAACAGGAGGGUCAGAGAGGCUCUGGAGACUCCCCCACUAGAGAGAAACCGAAAACCCAGUGA